CCGCCGCGCAUUGUGGGAAAUGCAGUUCAACAACAAUAACUGUGUUACAAAACCUAAAAACCAGCGUGCUCAUGCUACUGGUCGUAUAAAGGAAAUUCAGUAGCGACAGACGUGUCCUUCGUAAGUACUACGUUUGUUUCGUUUAGCUUCAGAAUACCGUGAACGCUUUUACAGACCGACUCAACGUAUCAUUCAUUGUAUGUUGCACUGCAUUUGGAGGAGCUCGUCUUUUCCUUCUGCACGAAGAACACUUUCGAGUCCCACUUCAGUAUUCUCCUGCCUGAGGAAGCCAUUCAACAGUCAAACCAUCAUGUCUGACAAAAAACGCAAGGCGAGGUCUGCUGCUAAAGAGCCCAGUGCCAAGCAGCAGAAGUUGGCCGCCACGAAGGAGGAGAAGAAGGGGAGAGCUGGGGGCUGGCUGCAAGAGCUCCUGGAGCAGCAGAGGACAGAGAAGAAGGAGAUGAAAUUCAAUGACAAGCGCCUCCGUUUUCUAUCAGACACUGAAAAGAUAAAGCAGGGCUCAGAGGGUGUCCUGUACUGGAUGUUAAGAGACCACAGAGUGCAAGAUAAUUGGGCACUGGUCCAUGCCCAGCGGCUUGCUGUGGAGGAGAACCUUCCUCUGCACGUCUGUGUGUGCCUGCAUGUCCCAGAAUCAGAACUGUCCACCCUGAGACAUUACAGCUUUAUGCUGAAAGGUCUGGAAGAAGUUGCAAAGGAGUGCAAAGCCUUGGACAUCCAGUUCCACUUGCUGCAUGGUUCUGCAGGGGAUGUUCUCCCUGGUUUUGUGUCAGACCGCAGCCUCGGGACCGUGGUGACAGACUUCUCCCCCCUCAGAGAGCCACUGCAGUGGGUGGAGGACCUCAAAAAAAGGCUUCCAAAGGACAUUCCCCUCAUGCAGGUUGAUGCCCACAAUAUUGUUCCCUGCUGGGUAGCAUCGCCUAAGCUCGAGUACGCCGCCAGGACCAUCAGAGGAAAAAUCACCAAACUUCUGCCAGAGUUCCUUACUGAUUUUCCUCUGGUAGAGAAACACCCCUACACAGCUACAAGAACUGCCAAACCAGUAGACUGGGACAAAACCCUAACGUCCCUGCAGCUUGACAGAGCAGUGGGAGAGACGGAGUGGGCUAAACCUGGCACCAAGGCAGGGAUGGCCAUGUUGGAGUCCUUUAUUGAUGUACGCCUUAAACUGUUUGACACCCAACGCAAUGACCCAAACGCUCCCGCCCUCAGCCAGCUCUCCCCCUGGAUCCGCUUUGGCCACCUUUCAGCCCAGCGGGUGGCGCUGCAAGUUCAGCACAGUGGGAAGAGCGCAGGUCAGUCGGUCUCCUCUUUCAUCGAGGAGCUGGUGGUGCGCAGGGAGCUGACUGACAACUUCUGCUUCUACAACAAGAAAUACGACAGCGUGGAGGGUGCGUAUGAGUGGGCUCAGAAGACCUUGAAAGACCAUGCCAAAGACAAGAGGCCGUAUCUAUACACACGUGAGCAGCUGGAGAAAGCAAAGACACAUGACAAACUCUGGAACGCUGCUCAGUACCAGGUGGUGACUGAGGGGAAGAUGCAUGGUUUCUUGAGGAUGUACUGGGCCAAAAAGAUUCUGGAGUGGACUUCUUCACCCGAGGAGGCGCUCUCAAUAGCUCUGUACCUAAACGAUCGCUAUGAGCUGGAUGGCCAGGAUCCUAAUGGCUUUGUCGGUUGUAUGUGGUCUAUUUGUGGCAUCCAUGACCAGGGCUGGGCAGAGAGACCCAUUUUCGGAAAGAUCCGUUACAUGAACUACAAAGGCUGCCUUCGGAAGUUCAACGUUGCCCAGUUUGAAAAAAAGUACUGUCCUAAAAACCUUUGAAGCAUAUAAUGUUUUGAAAGAUGGGAAUAAAAUGCCUGACAGCCGACAUCUCCUACACCUUUACCUCAGGAAGCGUCACAGCCUCUAACGGGGGGAUUUUCAGCUUUUCUUUGUUCUUCACUGCUUGUUUUAUCCAAAUUGCAUUAUUUUUGCGCUGUUCCUUUUACUGAAAUAUUCAGACAUAUUGUUUACGCUUAUCAAGACUGUAAGCUGUUUUCCAGUAGUUUACUGUAUAGUGUGCUGUUACUUUUUUAACUUUAGAUUAUGAUCUGUUGUGCCUACAUAAGUGCAAAUAACCUUUUUACUUUGUAAACUCUAUUUUGUACAAAAGAUGCCUUGUUUGUGUUUCAAUAACUGAUUCCACAGCACAUGCUGUUCUUAUAGAGGAACUCAUUUCAUACCAAAACUGUAACCGAUGUUAGUCAUAAACCAUUUUCUGUUGACUUAUAUUACAAUAUCUUCAUUUAUUUACAGUUCACCAGCUGUAAUUUAUCUCUAAGACCUGAAAUGAAGCAUAUGUUGCCACUAGCAUUCUUUACUCAAAAACAAACAUUCACCCACAAUCACUUUGAAUCGGUUGCAUUUAAAUUUAAUUUAGAAUUAAACAUAGCCAGACUUUGAAGUAUUGUUAACUAAAAGCUACUCUAAAUCAAACCAGCAUAUCAGUGCAGCAUGAACUGUCAACAAAUGCGUAACAAAAAAUCUGAUUAGAGAAACUUGUUUGUAUCUAAAACGGGAAACAAAAAAUAUUACAUCCUUGUAUUUGCAGGGACAGGGUGCCAUCACAGUUGUGGUUUUAUUAAGCAUCAAUGUAAUUAAGCACAGAAACAAAAUCUACUUCUACUCAACUUAAUUAACUGCACCCUCUGUACUGGAUAAAACUGUCCCUUCAGGUAACAUACCACUUUUACAAUUACAAUAUGGAACCUCCUCUGUGCUAUGGCCUCUUUCGUUUGCGUUAGUUCAUUUUAAGGGAAAGCGAUAUUUAUCUCCCAAGAUUGUGCUUUCAUGUGCUACAUAUCUGAAAGCAGUUAUAAUAGUUGUAGAGAAUAAGAAUAAUACAGUGGCUGUGAUAUGUUAGACUGUAAUUUACUGGUUUCUAGCAUACUGGUUAUUUGUUAAGAGUUAAUUAAUUCUUGAUAAGAUGGAAAGCAGCACAACUGUGAGUGAGACAAGAACUGAGUUUUCAUGCAUUAAUUAUUUUCCUCAGGGAAACCUGACUGUGACUGUCCUAACAUUCAUUUCUUUGGUAGUGAUAUGACUUCAUGUGCUUUCCUGACAAGUCCAACAAUAAAUCCAUGCUUAUAUUGGGGGGCAGUGUUGAUGCACAAGCUGACAAGGAUGUCCAUAUUAAGAUGUUCUACCUCUGCCACAACUGUAAACAGAUGUG